CGAAUUCUCUAAAGCAUAGUUAGAGAUUUGUGAAGACGUUUACAAAAAUGGUCGCUGCCCCAAUCACCCUCGUUGUGCUUCUAUUUCUUGUAGAAAAAAUUUCCGGUCAUGGGAUGAUGAUGGAACCACCAAACCGUAGCUCCCUGUGGCGCUUUGACCCAUCGGCACCUCCAAAUUACGACGACAAUCAGAAUUUCUGUGGUGGUGUAAAUGUUCAAUGGACGCAAUAUAACGGAAAAUGUGGAGUUUGUGGCGACCCAUGGGACGCUGCCCAUCCGCAACCUAACGAAAAUACUGGAACUUACGGACAAGGCAAGGUUGUCAGACAGUAUUCACCAGGUAGUCUUGUUGAUAUAACGGUUAAUUUGACUGCAAACCAUAUGGGCUACUUCAUUUUCAGUGUGUGUGUACUUCAAGAUCCAAAUGCUCCAGAAUCAGGAGAGGAGUGUUUCCAAACUUUGACUUUGGGAGAUGGACAGGCUAAAUAUCAGAUUGAAAGUACAGAUAAGCAGUUGAUUGUCAAUACUCAAGUAAAACUUCCAGAUGGAUUGACGUGUGACAGAUGUGUUUUGCGGUGGCAUUAUAAUGCAGGUAAUACAUGGGGACAGUGUGACGAUGGAAGUUAUGCUGAAGGAUGUGGGCCUCAGGAAACCUUUAGAUCUUGCGCAGAUGUAGCAAUUCUCUGAAAAGUACAUACAUACAUAUAAGAAUAAAUGGCAAUGUUUUUCCACAUGCAAUAAAUUUGUAUUUUUUGA